CGCAGUUCAAUGUAGCAUGGUCAGAGACACAUUGACCACAUUUAACAACAGGACGUACAAGACCAAGAUGCCUCUCUCUUGCUACCAAGUUUUGGCUCAGGAUUGCACCAUAGAGCUCAAAUUCAUGGUCCUGCUGAAGAAGGAUCACGCAUCUGAACAAAACCACAUCAAUGUGAAAAUCUCUGACAUGUUGAUAUCCCUGUACACUGAGGACAAUGAUGAGGACAAUGAUGAGGACAAUGAUGAGGACAAUGAUGUGAUAGUGAAGGUCAAUGGAAUGGACCCCUCAGGUUCUAUCAAGAUCAAACGGAAGGGUGAAGGCGUGUCUCUCUAUGCCCCAAGCCACGGUCUCCAAGAAGUCUACUUUGAUAAGGACUCAUGGAAGAUUAAAGUUGUGGACUGGAUGAAGGGACAGACCUGUGGACUCUGUGGAAGGGCUGAUGGCGAAGACAGACAGGAGUACCGUACACCCAGUGGCCGCCUGACCAAGAGCUCAGUCAGCUUUGCCCAUUCCUGGGUGCUUCCUUCUGAGAGCUGUCGUGAUGAGUCUGUAAAAUGCCUCAUGACGUUCGAGUCUGUGAAGCUGGAGAAGCAGGUGAUUGUUGAUGCCCAGGAGUCCAAAUGCUACUCUGUUGAGCCUGUGCUGCGCUGUCUGCCUGGAUGCCUCCCAGUGAGAACCACCCCCAUCACCAUCGGUUUCCACUGGCCUGCCCAUUCCAACCUGAACCGCUCUGAAGGUCUGAGCAGCAUCUAUGAGAAGAGUGUGGACCUGAGCGAGAAGACAGAAGCCCAUGUGGCCUGUCGCUGCUCUGAGCAGUGCAUUUAG